AUGCCACCCAAAAUUUCUGCACUAGGACCUAAUGUCACUAAACAGAAGAAGUUUAAGCCCCCAUUUCUUGCUCCGCCUCCAGCGCCGCUAUCGCCACCAGCGGCAGCAGCUUCCUCUGACGAUGAGACUACUGGCACCCAGGAACCGUCACAGUCACAGCAGGGAGAAGAUGAGAUUGUAUCUCUAAGUAAGAUCUUAGAGAGUAUGAUGCAAGCUUCGAAAGACCGCAAAGCUCGCCGCCGUACGGAAAUAGAAGACGCAUAUGAAUUGGAUUUUGAGGCUUCUGAAAAGAAGGCAAGAAAAUGGAUUCAAUUGGUUGCGGCUCGGGAUGAGGUGGGGAAAAGAAAGCGUCGUCAACUUAUGGUACUGAAGAGAUUUAAAUCUUUGUUGGAGAAGAAGAGAGCAGUGGAGAACGACAUAAUAACUGCACUCGAGGCACUAAAUAACGCUUGUGGAGACCUCGGAGAUACGUUGAGAACAGUUACUGAGGCUGGACGUGAUGGGCUAAACUAA